CCCAAACCCAGGACGCCCAAGGCUUCGGAGAAGACGACCCAAAAGUCGGACGACGGAGAACCGAAAGAACCGAAGGAGGAGACGGAUGAGGAGAUUGCCAGGCGCCUCCACGCCGAGUUCAACUGCGCCCCCAUGCGAACGAGCCGCUCGCGACGGACCAUGGACCUCGAGAACCCGCGCGACGGGGGCACCCCCGAGGAUCCGGUGCACGACAACGAUCCCGGAAUCCUGCCCUCGUGCUGAGCCAUGUACACGCAGUCUCGAACGAAGACUGUGCCGUACGGGUUCAUCUGCGGUUUCCCGGUCCAGGGCGUGAGCUCCGAGCUCUACGGCUACUACGAGGGUCAGGGCGGGAAGAGCGGGCGACAGGGGGAGGCUGUGGUGGCGGCGAUGAAGCAGUGGGGCGAGGGCGAGGCGGGCACCGCGGGGGGCACCGAGCUUGGAUUCGCCGUUUGCAAGCGGGGGUAUCGACCGUUUGGGGAGGAUGGGAGCCGACGCUACGGCUGCCUCAAGCACCACGAGAUGCGACUGGAGAACAUGCGCAAACCGCCGCCGAGGGGUGCCAAACGCUCCGAGGACGGGCUCUAUCAUCGCCCGGGUUGGGAGAGGUUCGAUCAGUGGACGUUUGGCGAGAAGAACGUGGUGAGCGAGUCCUCGUCGUUUUUGUCCAUCGACUCGGCAGAGGAGGGAGACUUGGGCAGGGUUGCCGUGGACUCGCCCGCGAAGGCGAAAGUUGCCAAUUAAGUAAGUCACCAACCGCGUUCUGAUGGAGGGAGACUGUUGAUCUGUUCUUCAGCGGGGAACAUGGGGGCGUGGGAACGCGGGACACCAUCUAUGACGCCGCGUGCGCACAAGCAAGCCGGAAUUCGGCUGCACCGCACGCGGCCGAAGCGCGUGUCCUUUAGCGACCCGAGCCUACCCAUCGUUCCCUGUCGAACAGGAUUGCGAAAAGGCCAGCGACCUGGGCUGCGAACGAGCGCCAAGUCUUCGCCUUUACAUGUAGAAUUAGAUAUCGGACGGACGAUGUAUAUUUUCAGCUAAGUUAUUAGAGCCU